ACUGGCUCAUCCUCCAUGUUCUCUCUCACACAGAGCAGGGGACAGGACAACAAUGUUAAGCAUCUCAAGGCCAAGCACGACGAUAGGAAGAUAAAAAGCCAGUUUUCCCAGGCUCUGACAAACAAUACCUUGUGCAGGAUCCCCCUGUCUGGUCACUCCUACCUCCGCCUGCCGUCGCAAGCAGCCUCCGCCGCCACUGUCCUCGUGUUCGCCCGCCACCGUCCAUCCGUCCAGAGACCCGAGAUGUCCUUUGCCUUCGUUGCCGUGAUGGCACUGAUGUGCUCCUCCGUGGUGAUUGCAUUCGUCCUGCAGCCUUCCAAGCAAGGAGCUGCGAUGCCACAAGACCCCAACAGCAGGUGCCAUGGAGAGUCCCUGCAGUCCAUCCGCAAAGAGCUCCUGGCCGCCCUCAACCUGCAGACCGAGCCACGACUGCCAGAGGGGGCCAGGAAGCAGUGGAGUGGAACUGCCGAGCGUCUCAAGGCCGUGGCAGUUUCAUCUGCCUACUCCUCCGAUGAUGGGAGGGACACCUCAGGGUGCUGCACUGAGACCUCAGAGGUUUUCAUGACAGAUCUGGGCUGGGACAAUUGGAUGAUCUAUCCUGAGCGCCUCACCUUGGUGCACUGCGGCCACCGUGAGCCCUGCAGGCCCCAGCAGCCCAACGCCCCUCAGCGUGAUGACUCGCAGAUCCAGGCGCCAUGUUGCCAGCCCACUGCACAGGAAGAGGUCCACGUCAUCUACAGGGACGAGUCGAACACCGUGGUCAUCACCUCCAUGCGCCUGACCCGCCGCUGCGGGUGCCCAGCCGCCCUGCAGCCCCACGGGGAGUAACGUUUGUCACCUGUAGCGCACUACAGCUCCUAAACUCCAAAACACUUGAAUAGCUUCAUGUACUGCCGUAAUAUCGCACUGUAAAAAGCUCUUUGCCAAGAAAUUGAUCAUCAAUAAAACAGAUGACAGCAUUUAACAAACAACCUCCUAAAAUUGACCCAUUUUGAAGAUGCAACCCUCAGUUUGGGCAACUUGCUGACUUCUGUGGCGUUUUAGCCAAUUAAUCCGCCUCAUAAUACAACCAGGCCCAAAUACUUACCACUUGUGAUAUAUUGGACUUUCACCUGCUGCUACUGCUCCUUGAUGUAUUUUUCUUGGGGGCUUUUAACACGGCCCGUGGGAACCUUGCUCAAAGGUUUGCAUUCCUGUUUCUACAAGCACCAGAACAGCAGAGGGUGAAACCUCCAUACUAUCACAUUCGCUAGUUUUUUUUUUAAAUAGAUAACGUGUGCUUUUAUAGAUGAGCGCUGUCCAAUGAAAGGCACGGAUGUCUACAUUUUGUCAUGUUUUAGUUUUUUAAAAUCCAAAACGCAAGAAAAACUCAGUAGGCUCGAUCGCGCCCUUGCAAUUCAAAAUUGAGCCCUCAAUGCCAAUUUCACUUAGCAACAUAAAAUGUAUUCUAAAUGUGUAUUAUGAGGUAACCCAAAAAGUUUGAUGUGGCCAUUUUAGGGUCAUUUCAAGACAGACCGCUCUGAGAUUUUGUCCUAAUGCUGUCAAAUUGGAACUAUGUACAAUUGAUCCAAGAGUGACGCUAAAUUGCCAGUAAUUUUGUUUUUGUCACCAGACAAUGAGCAUUGGGGCUUUAAAUUCAGAAAACUGAAUUUAAGACUUUGUUUAGGCCACUUUGAUCAAGUUCAAUGUGAGGAUAUAUGACAAUGUUUAGAAAUCCUGUAAUAAUAAUGUAAAAUUCGAGAAUAAUAGAGUAUAAUUCAUUUGUCGUACACUCGUGGGCAUACUCAUGUCAGGCACACAGCCGCGGGCUCACCAAAAAAAUGACAUUUCAAACCAAUAACAUUUAGCGCUACAGUAACACUCUUAGGAAUAAAAUGCUUUUCUGGGGUAACAAUGGAACAGGUCGACACGAAGCCGCGGGCGUGUGUCCGUGAUGAGUUAUACUAGUGAGUGCUGAGCUGAGUUUUUUUUUUUUUUUUUUGGUCGUCAUUGGUUAUAUAUAUAUUUUUACAGGGUUACCUCACAUGAAUAUUUUUUUUCUAUGAAUCAUCAUCAUAGUUUAUGUAUUCGUAGCACCGCAACCUAACCGUAUGUAUGCUGAUGAAACAUUCUGUUACUGAGUGCAUGAUUCACUGCUUCCGUUUCUUGUUUAAUAAAGGCUAUCGAAAUCAA